GUAGUGUCCCACCCGAAAAAGUUCCGCCGCAAUUGAACCUUUCGUCAAUUGCGAAUUUCAAUUUAAACGCUUACGCUUUUUGAUAAUGCGAUGAGAAGGGCAAAAUCAUAGCCAAUGGCCUCUACCACCUCCCAAUCUAUCACGAGGCUUGCUCGUCAAGCUGUUCGGACUUGCUCGAACAAGUCCGUACCUCCCUCCUACCGACCCGCCGCAUCAUUCUCGACAGCGACAGCGCGCUUGACACAAGAUGUAGAGCAACGCCCACGAUGGUCCUAUACGCCAGAACGGAUGAAGGCGCCCUUCUCACCUCAUAUCACAAAGGACCCCUCUCGGUCGCAGUGGAAAGUUAAUAAGAGCCCAGAGAAGCUGGAUGAAGCCUUAAAGAGAUUCCUGGGUCCCGAAGGAGAGCGCAUGCUGCCCGACGAGCUCAAAUGGUUAGCGGUAACCCACAAGAGCUUUGACCAAGGACGAAGAGGUUUCAACGAUCGCCUAGCAUUUCUGGGUCGCCAGAUAUGUGUAUUCGAGUGCACACAAUCCAUUAUCAACUCCCCUCCUAGCUAUAAAGGGUCUGAGGACGAUCCCUUUGCGGACCGACGAGAACCAUUUGAAGAUCCCGCCCUUCGUGGGAUCGACAAUCUCUUCGAAACACAGCCGAGCGACGUGUUCGACUUAAAAAAGCUAGCUAGGUUAGCUAUAGACACCGGAUUAACAGAAGUGGUGAGGUGGAAACCCCGAAUGCCGGAAAACAUUAAAGGAUCCGGAUUCGACCCGAUCAUGGCCGGUGCCGUAUAUGCUAUUGUUGGUGCCAUCGCGCUGCAGCGGGGAGGCAAGAUAGCUAGCCAGGUCGUGAGAAAGCGGAUAAUGAACAAGCUCCGGUGAUGAACAAAUCUAGGAAUGUAAAAUCAAUGUACAAAUACCAAGUACAAUGUACAAAGAAAUAAAAUAUCACCCUCAAUGCAUAAGUUGGUGAUAUCCAAAGUUAAACUUA